GAGCUCCUGCAGAUGAUGUCAUAUAUGCUGGUCACGUGACGAGAUACGACAGGGGCAGCCAUUUUGGCAGUCAUCGCGGCAGUAAAUUGACAGGCACUGGCAGACUGUCAAGGAUGGUGGAUAACUGCUGUGCACCAGGUUGCACAAAUAGGCGUGGGAAAAAGAAAGGUGUAUCGUAUUAUCGCAUUCCUAAAGACGCGGAGAGGAGGGAGAAGUGGAUUGGAGCGAUUAAAAGAGCCAGGAGCCUUCAGAAAAAGACUGAAAGAUGGGACCCCCCGGCCGUUGGCUUUCGCUUAUGCAGUGAUCACUUCAUAUCAGGGAGAAAGAGUGAUAAUCCGUUGAGUCCGGAUUUUAUCCCCUCAAUUUUCGAUUACCUUCCAUCUCCAGAGAAGAGGAGACAUAAAACGAGACUGGAGGUUUUUAACAGAAGGCAGAAGGCUAAACUGCACAAAGUAGAGCAGGCAAAGAUAUCUGCAGAAGCCAUCCGUCAAAGGACAUCAACUGAUGCAGCCCCAGAAGACCAUAUCACAGAGCCUUUGAAGGAGCCCCCCAUCACAGAUCCGUUGGAAGACUCAGCCGAUGAUCCUGUCCAGCCUGAACCAGUAACACCACCAUGCACCUCUGAAACCUGCUGUACCCGCAUCCAGAGUCUUGAGCAAGAAUGCCAAGCUCUAAGGGCUGAAAAUGUGUUGUUAAGGGAAAAGAUUAAUAGGAAGACCCUGACAGAGAUUAGUUUAAAUAACAAUGAUAAAAAGGUGAAUGUCCUCACUGGGCUGGCAACCUAUGCAUGUCUCAUGACCAUUUUUCAAUAUCUGGCUCCAUUUCUCAAAGUUAAAUCAUCAAUAACAUGUUUUCAACAAUACAUGUUGACUUUGAUGAAGCUUCGAAUGAACUUAACAUUUGACUUUUUGGGUUUUUAUUUUGGCAUCGACCCAACUACUGUCUCCAGGCACUUCAAAAACUGUGUUAAUUUGAUGUAUUGUAGACUGGUGCCAAGCCUAGUGGUGUGGCCUGAAAGAGAAUCUUUAAGAACAUCUCUUCCAUAUGUAUUUAGAAAUGGUGACUACGAGAAGACUGUUUGUAUCAUUGAUUGCUUUGAAAUAUUUCUAGAGAAACCAAGUAGAUUGCGACCCAGUGCGCAGUGUUACUCAAGAUACAAAUCACAUCACACCAUGAAAUAUUUAAUUGCCAUUUGCCCUCAAGGUUCAAUUUGUUUCAUUUCUACUGGAUGGGGAGGUCGCACCAGUGAUAAGUUCAUUACAGAACACAGUACUUUUUUACCUAAUAUUCUCCCAGGGGAUGUUGUUUUGGCAGACAGGGGGUUUCUGGUGAAAGAGUCUGUUGAAAGGUGUCAGGCUGAAUUAAAAAUUCCAGCAUUUACUCGUGGAAAAACACAGUUAGAUCCUGCUGACAUAGAGAAUACAAGAUCUCUAGCCUCUUUAAGGAUUCACAUCGAAAGAGUCAUAGGAGUACUUCGUCAGAAAUAUACUAUCUUACAAAGCACUGUGCCAAUAACUUUCACAGACAUAGAGAAAGAAAAUGAUGUUACUUAUCUUGAUAAAAUUGUGAGUGUAUGUUGUGGACUAACAAAUGUACCUGAUUCUGUGGUGCCCUUUGAGUGAUGAAUUUGUGCGUCAACAGAAAAUAAACCUUUUUGAUUCGCUUCUCA